AUGCCGGCCCCGAGGAUUGACUGGACCAAGGUCAACCAAGUCAAGGCGCCCUUCUCCCGGUUCCACAGCCGAAGAUCUGUGGUAUACGGGACCAAGGGGAUGGUUUCUUCAUCUCAGCCACUUGCAACGGCUGCUGGAUUGGAGGUUCUCAAUAAAGGCGGGAAUGCUGCUGAUGCGGCCGUAGCCGUUUCUGCUGCUCUGACUGUGACUGAACCAAGCUCAUGUGGCAUUGGCGGGCAUAGCGACGCCUUCUGCCUUUUCUACGACGCUUCUACCAAACAAGUCAAGGCGCUCAACGGGUCCGGACGAGCGCCUAAGAAACUCACCAUUGAAUACGCCAAACAACGGGGCCAUAAGACCUCCAUACCGUUGAGCGAUCUGAAUUCUGUUACCGUCCCAGGCGCCGCUGCUGCUUGGCUGGAUACAAUCGAGCAUUUCGGCAGUGGGAAGGUUAGUGUUGGUGACGUUUUUGGACCAGCAAUUCGAUUCGCAGAGGAAGGCUUUCCAGUGUCGGAGCUCAGCAGUCAUUCUAGGUAUGUCGGCUCUGGAUCACCUUUCAAUGGCGGUCGACGUAACCCUCCUUCGCAGACUUUAAUCCAGAAUGCCUCUCCCAACGGAAACGAACUGCUGGUGGACGGCAAGGCACCUUUACCUGGACAAGUAGUCAAGUUACCCACCCUGGCUCAGACAUUCCGCGAGCUAGUACAACAUGGAAAAGAUGGAUUCUACAAAGGUCGCGUUGCCCAAGCAAUCGUGGAGCUCAUUCAGAGCAAGGGCGGAUUGAUGGAUUUGGAUGAUCUUGCUGACCACACUUCAACCUUUGUGGAACCCAUCAAAUACACCUACGCAGGAGAGGUUACUGUAUACGAGUGCCCGCCUAAUGGCCAGGGUAUAACUGCCCUACUCGCCUUGGGCAUUCUGGAAAAUAUCCAAGAACAAGGUCUUUCACGCCCACUCUCAGAGAUGGAGCACAACUCGCCAGAGUAUCUACAUACCGUCGUCGAAGCACUCCGUCUGGCCUUUGCCGACAGCCAAUGGUAUGUUACGGAUCCUGAGUUCAAGAAGGCCCCGGUCGAGGAACUAUUGAGCAAGCGAUACCUGUCGGAACGGGCGAAGCUCUUUAAUCCAGACAAGAUGAACUCCGACGUCGUACAUGGUUCACCUGUGAACAGCUCAGACACCGUGUAUUUCACGGUCACUGAUCAGUGGGGCAAUGCCUGCAGCUUUAUACAGAGCGUGUAUGAAGGAUUUGGGACUGGCGCUAUCCCCAAGGGCUGUGGUUUCGCGCUUCAAAAUCGCGGCAGCAACUUUAAACUUGAUGAGAACCAUCCCAAUGCCCUCCAGGGAGGAAAACGACCAUACCAUACCAUCAUCCCAGCUCUCGCAACUCGGGGAGACGAGCUCUUUCUCUCCUACGGAGUAAUGGGUGGAUUCAUGCAGCCACAAGGCCAUGUCCAAGUACUCUUGAACAUCCUACGAGGCUUCUCCGUGCAGGAAGCCUUGGAUGCUCCCAGGUUCUGCAUCUCCCCCGGCAUGCCCCACGCUGAAGGAGUCCAGGCUCCGGAACGGGCAGGCGACGUCAAUAGCGAGGUAUAUUUCGAAGAGGGUAUCCCAGACUCCACUGUUCAGGCCUUGAGAGAAAUGGGACACGACGCUAGAACCACGAAGGGCUUCAAGAGGGCCAUGAUGGGCCGUGGACAAGUGAUCCAGAAGCUUCCGAGUAGCUCUGGGCAGUUGGUAUGGGCUGCUGGUUCAGACCCUCGAGCAGACGGACACGCUGCGCCUCAAAUCUAA